AUGACAUUGCCAAGGUUUGUGGUGGUGAAAUCAAACCACAACAAAAAGUACUUGCGCUACCUAAAACAAGAAGAUGGAGAGGAGGACGCCCCCGCCGGGUUUCUCAAAUUCACCGGAGAAGAGGCCAGGAGCCAUUACGCAAAGUACGAAGUGGAGAUGGCGAAGAGUACCGAGAACAAGGGAUUUGUCCACAUUAGAUGCUGUUACAACAAUAAAUACUGGGUAAGAGUCAAUGGCACGGAUAAGUUCGAAGGCGAUGUUUUGAUUGUUGCAGGGGCAGACGAACCGGAGGAAGACCAAUCCAAACCCUCACGUACCUUGUUCGAGCCGGUCUACGUAGAUCCAAUAGACGACGAAGACGACGACAAUAAACCGGACGAUAAAGCUGAAGAUGACCUUGAGGAGGACAGUCAGGUAGUCCAAUUUCGCCACGUCCAGCUCGGACGCUACACUUGCUUGCACAACGAUUCGGAUGCGCUAGUACUUUUCGGAGGCUCAAACUCUGCCACAGACGAUCCGAACAACCUAGAGUCCCGGGAUGUGUGCACUGUCGUCAAUUGGGAAUCGCUGGUGAUUUUGCCGAAACACGUGGUGUUCAAGGGCGAUGAUGACAACUACAUCACCGCCUAA